GGCCACCAGCGCCAAGGGCGAUGGCUCGGGCAAUGGUGUAUCUGUGCUGCCAGUGUGUGUGCUGCUCCCACUACUGCUGCUGAUGCUGCAGCGGUGCGAAGAAGGGAGGGAAAGAACGAAGGGAUAAAAAAAAGAAUCUUAAUAGCAAAUUAUGCGUACACGGUGUAAAUACGGUGCAGCGCGUUGUGUGACCCGUUUCGUGAGCAAAAACGUACGCAAUUGGUGUUAAACUGUGCUGGGUGAAGCAUUUAGACGUGGUAGCAUCGGUUGAAACUAUCGUCCGCACGCUCUAGCACGGGAACGUACGGGAAAAUGGCUUAUAAAAAAACAUAUGACUAAUGCUCCUCCGCUGUCUGCUGCGCGCUGCCCGAUCCACGGCGAUUGUACGCGAGCGACGGGCUGCGACGGGCUGUGCAGGCGGUGUGUGCCGUGUGGUAGCUCGCCUUAAGACACUGAACGUGAUAAAGAGCUGGUCGUGAAGCGAUUUUUGGUUUUUUGUUUUUUGCUGGUGGUGUGAAAUAUUGAUAGAAUACCAGGGUGCACGGAAAGAUGGCAUUUUUAACGAAGAUGGACAGAAGUAUACCGAAGCUGUGAUAAGUGCACCGAGACCGAGCCAAAUGGACGAGGUCGUGGUGGACAUGGACCCGAACAUGACAAAUCGGUUACAGCAACAUACCGUAGUAUUAGACGAAGGUGCACAACCAGGCACAUCCUACUCGAGAGUUUCCCCCCCGAAGGCAGUCAUCGAUAGCAGUCCACUGCAAAGCGCCAUGGACAAGAACAAACAAUCACUCAUCGUGAAGCUGUCGAUGCGGCGUCCGUACGAUCAGCUGGUACAGCAAGGAAUAAUGCCAUCACUGAAAACGUCACCGGCAAUCUAUGAACAGCGCCGGCAGCUGGAACGGGCCAAAACGGGCGACCUGCUGAAGGCAAAGAUAAAAAAGCGCCCCGACCGGCUAGAGCUCGAGCAGCGGCACAUUCUCGAGCAGUGCGACAGCCACGUGGACCCAAGCCUGGCGGAAAAGCGACGCAUGCUGGAGAAAGCCCUUCUGGUCGAUCAUCUCAACUCGAAGAUAUCGCACCGCCCCGGUCCGCUCGAUCUGAUCGGCAAGAACAUCCUGCACGUGGAGGAACCGAUCGAGCGCAUGGUCAAGGAGGGGCUGGUAGACUAUGCAUCCACGCUGGACGAGUCGAACGCGUCGGUCGCGACGCCGACGACGGUGGGCGAGGGCGAGGACUCGCUCAGCUCCGAGGGUGAAUCGCUGCACAGUGUGACCGUGGCGGUGGUAAACCAGCCGGGCGUCCCGGCCACCACCAUUCUGCAGCACCAGAUACAGCUACAGCCUUUCCCGGCGGCGACACCAACAGCAGCCACAGGCCUCCAGCCCCAGCCUCAAACGUUGCUGACCGCACAGCCGGAAUUUUUCACCCUAAAGCCCACCAUCCCGAUCGUGGUGAACGAUGGGACGGUGCUGGCCGCGAUUGCAACUCCGACGGUGGUGGCGGCGACGACGGCCGUUGCGACCAUCGCCGCGGUAACGAGCAGUGGCAAUAUUGCGACGAUUGCGGAAAUUCCCAUGGAGCAGGGUGGUGGUGGUGGUGCUGUUGCUGCUACGCCCAGCAGCAGUAGCAGCAGCAGUACCAUCAUCACCAGCAGCAGCAACACCCCGAGCAUCACCACCAGCACGCUUCGACCCAUACUGCCAACGCCAAGUGCCAACAACAAUCUGAGCGGCGAUCUAGCCACAGUUCGACCGACACUUACCAUGACACCGAUACCCUCGGACCUCAAACUAAUCAGCAGCAGCAGUAGCAGCAAUGGCAGCGGGAUCGCUGGGAGCAACGGCGGCAAAGAGAAGCUGGCGAAGAAGAAGAGCAAAACGAAGAGUAUCACCAAGGCGAAGCCGAUCAAAUUCCACGAGUACAAGGGGCCGCCGAAUGCGCACAGAGGAUCGUCCUCCUCCUCCUCGUCGUCCGCCGGACACGGUGGUGGCAGCAGCGGCGGCGGAGGUUCCGAUAACAACUAUCAGUUGAUCAUGCAGCAGCAGUACUUGUUGGAGUAUCUGGAAGAGAUGUGCAAGAAACCGGCCGGCGUUUCAUCGCCCUCCAGCUCUAGGGAGGCGCCUACCACCACCAACACAGAUGCGGAGGAGCUGGCCGGUAGCGAUCAAACACCGAUCGAUUCUCCCCUCGGACCGGGGGGUAGUAGUAGUGGGGUCGGCGGUGGCGCCGGAUCGGGGUCAGGUUCUGGACGAAGCAAGAACAGUACCACCGGGGGAGUUGGAAAUGGUAGCGGCAGCAGCGUUGGCAUGGGAACCAGCACAACACUGCCCACAACGUUCGCUGCAAUGGACAUUGCGCUGGAUACGCUGAACAGGCUGAAAGUGUCACAGCUGAAAAAGUACUGCAAGCAGUACAAUCUGGCCGUGUCCGGCACAAAGUCGAACCUGAUCGAGCGGCUGAAACCGUACAUAAAGUCGAUCGAACCGUGUGCCGGCGGCGUGCCGAGCACGGCCGGAGGCGCCACGGCCGGUGGCACGGCAGAGGCAGAAAUAGAGGACAGUUUGCUGGCGGAGCAGCAGAAGCGCAUUGCCGAGCUGCAGCUGCAGCUGAAGAAGAGCCAGGAAGAGCUCGAGCAGUUCCGGUCGCUGUGCAACAAUCCGUUCGCUGCCUCCGACCAGCCGAUGGUGAUCAAUGCAGCGGUCACUAUUCCACCGCCUCCGCCACCGCCACCAUCAUCUUCAUCAUCGUCGUCAGCACAUCAACCACAACUUGCCACGGUGCUCGUAGGAUCGCCUUACUCCCUCACGACCGGAGGCGGCGGCGACUCGUGCGACGCACCCUGUACCGCGGACGGUGACGCCUCGGCCGGUGGUACUGUGAGCGCCAAUCAAACGCCGGACCGUGUGUCGGUGCCGGACACCACAGUCGGUGCGGCACUGGAGGGCAGCUUCUUCCUGGAGGGGCUCACACCGGCCGACUCGACCACGGUGGACUACGGGCACGAUAUGCACGAAAUGUUGCCGCCCGAGCUGACCAGCACGCUGGCGCCAAUCGAGCGCAGCCCAACGCACCGUCCCACGCUGGACAAAGUGCUCGGACAGGUGCAGCCGACCAUAUCGGGGCUGACAAUGAAAACGGAACCGACCGAUGAGCUGCGUAACGGGGGCGCUGGUGGUGGUAUGUCGUCGGUCGUCGGUGCUGGUGUUGCUGGUGGUAAUGGUAAUGCAAGCGGUGUGCGAGCCGCCGUCGGGGAUAUGCACGAUUUGUCGCUGAGCAUGAAAUCGGUCAACUUUGAGGCGGUCAACGGGGACACGGGCGAUGCGUCGAUGCAGCAGGAUACGAUCAUGCUGAACGAUUUCGAGGACAUCGAUCUGGUCGACUUUCACAUGCACUCGCUCGACAGUGAUGGGCCGUUCCCGAUGAUAACGAAUCACGAUCCCGAUCCAGCCGCCACCAGGACGGCGACUCAUGCACCACCCGCGGCGGCAACCAUGCACGAUGCGAUCGAUGCGAUGUUCUGUAACGGUGACGGCGAUCCGAAUGGCAAGCUGCUGGCGACCAACAGCUUUGCGACCAACCAACCCACGGGGUCACAGCAGCAGCAGCACGUGUUGCACGAGCACGCUCCAUCGCACGGCUUCCUGAACAACAACGAUCUAGUAAGCGGCAAUAGCUUGCGCAUAAUGCUGCAUAUGGAUCUGAUGGAUCAAAAUGAGCAGCAGGCGAACAUAGCAACGGUUACCGGCACCAAGCAGCUACCGUUUGGCAGUUUGCACCAUCAGCAACCGCAGCACCAUCAUCUCCAACACAAUAAUCAGCAGCAGCAGCAGCAUCAUCACACGAGUCAUCUACAUCAUAGUGACAGGAACAAUAAUAGCAGGUACGACGCUAACCAGAUCGUGUCGCAAGGGUUUGGCGUGCAGCAGGACACGCAACCCGUCGCAAGCACUAGCGCGAGCAGCAGUAGCAGCAGCACCAGCAGCAGCCCCAGCAACUGCUUCCGACUAGGGCUGGGAACGUCACUCUCGUCGAAACAUGCCAACAAACACCAUCUAAAUCUACACCAGCAGCAACAGCAGCACCAACAUCAACAACAGCAACACCAACAGCAGCAGCAUCAUCCUCAUCAUCAUCAUCAACAACACCAUCAAAGUCUUUUGGAACAGCUGACACCACCGUCGGCGGCCGCCGGCAGCGACGGCAGCAACAGCACACUGAUCGGCGACACGAUCGAUUCCUUCCAGGACAAUGCGAUGGAUUUCGAAAGCCUGCUCACGAACGAUGCGGCGGACAGUGUGCUGAACGCGAACAACUGCCACCGGAUGAUGCUGGACUGCGCGCAGGACAAGCCGAUGUACAGCUUUCUACCGGAUCCGAGCAUUCUAGAUUACUUCUCCGACGAUUGUAACGGGCACGAUUUCGAAAUAAAGCAUCUGGAGUACUAAAAAAACAACAACAGAAAAACCACCACCACGAAGAAAACACGAAAACACCCACUGUCCCGGGAUGCGUUGCCGGAUGAUGAUGAUCCGCGCCAGUAUUAAAUCAUCCACCGUGUGGACGUCGCAAACUAGGACGCGGCAAAGGACAGGCGCGAAGGUCGAAGAAGAGGAGAAGUAGAAGUACGAACCCCUCCUCCCCCCACCUCCCUGCAGCGAAACAACCACGGAAAGGAAAGCAAAAUCCACUCAGUUUUCGGUUUUCGAGCCCGUGUCGCUCUCGUUGUACACACGAUGCGGUUUUGUUUCCGUUGGAGAGGUUGGGUUUUUCUUCCUAAGCCUUUUACCAUGUUUGCUAGUUUUUAUUAAGGAGAUGUGCGUGUGUGUGUGUGUGCAGCACAAGUAAUAUAACGUUAACAACUACGGAAGUUACGAAAUGCGAACGAAGGGGGCCAAGAGCGAGAGAGAGACACUACGCAAGAAAUCAAAGCAGCCGGCGACGCAUGAAGAACGCCGAAACGUCGCGAAAGCGCAAUGCGCAACAACGCACGCAAGAAGGCGGCUGGUGGUGGUGGUGGCGUGCCGAAAUACCGAACAAAAAAUCAUUGCGCCGUCAUCCUUCAUCUUACGGUUUGUCGCAGCUCCGGAUCGGGCGCGGCCAUCGCGUAGCCGAGCUCGCGCAGCGCGCGCUUAAUGUCGACAAACACCGUCGCGUCCUCGACCGUGGCCGGUAUGGCGAUGUGCUUGUUUGCCGCCAGGUCAGCCAUCGCUUUGCGUAACGUUUUGCCUGUUUUUUUUUGUGGAAGGAGCAGGAAAAGAGGAGCGGACGUUAGCAACCGAACCGAACUGGCAGCUGGUGGUGGUUCCCGUUUUCUUACCGGAUCGGGUGCGUGGUAAGCUUUGUACUUGGGCGGCUAGUUUGAAGGCGGCGAUCGGUCCAAUCACCUCCCGUAUGAUGUUGAUCAGCUCGACCGACAUCUUGGCGGCCGGCUUGGACACGUUCGCCUUCGUCACGUACAGGCAGAGCGGUAUCUGGCCCUUGGUCGGUUCGGGCACACCGAACACGGCCGCAUCGGCCACGUCCGGAUGCCGCAGGAUCGCAUCCUCCAGGCUCGACGUGGAGAUACGGUGGCCAGCAACAUUGAUCACGUCGUCGUCCCGUGCCGUCACGUAGAUGUACCCAUUCUCGUCCUUGUACCCGGCGUCCAUCGUGUCGUAGUAGCCCUGGAAGCGUCGGAAAUCCGAAAAAAAUGACUGAUUAUAACACUGAGAGAGAGGGAGAGAAAGAGAGAGAGAGAGAGAGAGAGAGAGAGAGAGAUCGUACCGGAAACCGUUGGAAGUACGUUUUGCGGAACAGCUCGUCACUGCGGUACAGCGUGGCCAUGUUGCCCGGUGGCAGCGGCAGCUUCACCACGAUGCGUCCCAGCUCGUUCGGUUUCGCUUCGUGGCCGUUCUUGUCCAGCACGUAGAUGUCGUACCCGCAGUACGGCAGGCCCGUCGUGAACGGGGGCGUCUGCAGGUUCUGCGCAAAGCCGACGCAGGUCGCCGUGAUGGCCGAACCGGUCUCCGUUUGCCACCACUGGUUCAGCACGGGCACCUUGAACGUUUUGCGCAUCCAUUUCUGGAACGAAGGGAUAUACACGCUUAGAAGGAGAGAGAGAAAGAGAGAGAGCAGAACACGGACGAACGGACGUGGACGUGGAAGGAAGCGAAGGUUUGUCUUGGCUUUGGCUGCUCUUGGUGGUUACAUCUAAUGUAUCUAAAACUUUGCUAUAAGCCUAACACUAGCUUGUAAGAAGGAAUUAUAAGGCAAAAAAAGGGGGGACAACCGGCUCCUAGCAGCAACAGCAGGGAUCUGUCCGAACUGUAUACAUCGGCAGGCCACAGCUUUUAGUUAGUUAGGGUAUGUGUGUGUGUGGAUGUCUCACAGACCAAGCGCUUAUACCAAUUUACCCCCCUACUAAAAAUAAUGCAAAUGCUCAUCACGCAGAGAGAGAGAGAGCGAGAGAGAGAGAAAGGCAGGAAAGUAAGCGUAAUAUUUUUCUUUAGAUCUCAAUUUAUAAACCCCGUUUUGUUAACGUAACUAAUAAACUAAUAAACAAUUGCUUGUGAUAAUAAAGUCGCUAAUACCUACAAUACUUUGGUGCUGUGUGUGCGUGAAUGUCGUGGGGCUUUUUUGGGGGUGAGCUUUGGCCUCCCACGGGGUAGUAGUAACAAACGAUCGAUCGACCGAUCAAUCGACGGAUCCAGUAGAAUUUUGCCCUUUUUUUCGUUGUUAUUGUUGCUGCUCAACUGCCUAACCCACACCUAAUGCUCUAUUUCCGUUUAAAAUACGUAGGCGUAGCUUAUUCAGCUCAUUCAGGGGGUUGAGAGGGGUGUAAGCCGCUGGGUAAGCUCGGGGCUAUGGGGCUAGUUUCGGUGUCGCGCGCUAAAAAUAACGCCCGUAAAUACGCAUACACGCGCAAUGCGCGGUGCGCAAACCGCGCGGCAGUUGGAGGGCGACACGUGUGCGUGUGCGAGUGUGUGCGAAUGCGGUGUGGGAUGCAACAGCUACACACGUAGAAAUCUAAACAAAGAUCACAGUGCUCCCCGGCGAUGAAGAUGGCGCGCAGCGACUUCAAGCUGUACUUCCGCCCAUACGUGACGUCCGGAUCGACGCGCCGGAUGACGCGAAAAGCGGUCGGUACGGAAAACACGGCCGACACCUUGUGCUGAUCGAUGAUGCGAAAGUACUGGCCCGGAUCGGGCGUUCGGUCCGGUUUGCCCUCGUACAUGACGCUGGUCGCACCGUACAGCAGCGGUCCGUAGCAGAUGUACGAGUGUCCCACGACCCAGCCCAGGUCGGACGCGUUCCACCACACAUCGUCCUGCUGGAGGCCGUAGAUCGUGUUCAUCGUGUACAUCAGCGUGACCAGAUGGCCACCGAUCGGUCGCUGUAUGCCCUUCGGUUUGUCUGCGAUGCGAUGAGCGGGCGGGAAAGCGGGAAAAAUAGAUUCAACAUUCGACAAGGACCCCUCCACUCCACCAUACCCCAUACCUGUCGUCCCGGAAGUGUAGAGAAUGUAGAGUGGAUCGUUCGCCUCGACCGGCACACAGUCGACCGGCACAGUGUCGAGCGCAUUCUCCCAGGCAAUGUCCCACGUCUCGUCCAGAUCCGACAUCAGGAUGUUCGCCCGUCGGUAGAUGAUGUUCUUGGCCGGCUUCCAGCGCGACAUUGCGACCGCCUCGUGCAGGAUGUCCAGAUAGUAGAUGAUCUUGUGCGGCUCGACGCCACAGUUCGCAGCAAUGAUCACCUUCGGCUCGGCAUGCUCUAUUCGCGUGCACAGCUCGCUCGCCGCAAAUCCUGCAGUGAUUAGGGCGUGAAAAGGACAUGUGGGGCUUGCGCAUUCGAUUUUAACUGACCUCCAAACACGACGGAAUGAACGGCACCGAGCCGUGCGGUGGCCAGCAUCGCGAUGAUGGCUUCCGGUAUCAGUGGCAUAUAGAUAACGACCCGGUCUCCCUUCUGGACGCCCAGCCGCCGCAAUCCUCCCGCUAAUCGGGACACCUUUUUAAAAAAAAGAAGAAAUCCCCGAAAUGUAAAUAUGUAUGUAACACGCGUGUGUGGGUAGAAUAAACCAGUAAGUAAGGAAAUGA